CGAGGAUCCGACGGUCAGGGUGAAAUCUGAUAACCAUAGACCGCGAAUUCACUAGAUCUCCGGAAUGGUGAUUCCCAGGACCUCGCUUCUUCCUUAGUAACACAAUACUCUGAGCUCACUAGAUUCAGAUCUAUUUCCCUGUCACUGUACGUAUCGGUGGGUGUAUGUAUCGUUGACGGACCGCCGUAUGGUUCGUGUAGAUCGGCGACGGAGAUGGCGAACUACCUGGCGCAGUUCCAGACGAUCAAGGGCUCCUGCGAUCGCCUCGUAAUCGCCGUUGAAGAUGUGUGUGAUUUGUGGCCUACGGUUAAAAGUUCAUUCGAAGAACAUCAGCCAUUAAAAAGAGCGCUCUUGAACAAUAAGACUCGAAAUUCAGUGUUUGUGGAGAGCUUGCCAGUUGAAUUCAUAUUGACGACAGAUGCAAGACUUCGUAGCCGAUUCCCACAGGAGCAAUCUUUAUUCUGGUUUCGAGAACCAUAUGCAACUGUAGUUCUUGUGACAUGUGAGGAUCUUGACGAGUUUAAAAACAUUCUGAAACCACGUCUAAAAUUAAUUGUUCAAAAUGACGAGAGGGAGUGGUUUAUUGUGUUUGUAUCUAGAGCUCACCCAAGUAACGACUCGGCAACUAAAUCUGUCAAGAAAGUAUAUGCCAAGCUUGAAGUUGAGUUCAGCUCAAAAAAGAGGGAAAGGUGUUGCAAGCUGGAUAUACAUGGCCCUGAAGCAAAUUUUUGGGAGGAUCUAGAAAUAAAGAUUACCGAGUGCAUCAAGAAUACACUGGAUAGGCGCGUUCAGUUUUAUGAGGAUGAGAUACGAAAGCUCAGUGAGCAGCGCUUCAUGCCUAUUUGGAACUUUUGCAAUUUUUUCAUAUUAAAGGAAAGUCUGGCUUUCAUAUUUGAGAUGGCCCACCUUCAUGAAGACGCACUACGUGAAUAUGAUGAGCUAGAGUUGUGCUAUCUGGAAACUAUUAAUGCACCUGGAAAGCAGAGGGAGUUUGGAGGAUUAGACAAUGGGGAUGACCGUGCUGCUCUGCUGAAUCCCGGAAACAAACAACUGACACAGAUUGUACAAGAUGAUUCUUUUAGAGAAUUUGAGUUUAGGCAGUAUCUCUUUGCCUGUCAAUCAAAGCUUUUGUUCAAGCUGAAUCGCCCUUUUGAGGUUGCAUCAAGGGGUUAUUCUUUUGUUAUAAGUUUUGCAAAGGCCUUGACCCUACAUGAGAAUGUGCUGCCCUUUUGUAUGCGCGAAGUUUGGGUAAUUACAGCUUGUUUGUCUCUGAUCUAUGCAACUGCUUCUCAUCACCACGAUGGAGCUGUUGCACCUGAUAUUGAGAAGGAAUUCUAUCGUGUUCAGGGUGAUCUCUAUUCUCUUUCUCGGGUUAAGUUUAUGAGACUCGGAUAUCUAAUAGGAUAUGGAGCAGACAUAGAAAGAAGUCCAUUAAACAGUGCUUGCCUCAGCAUGCUUCCAUGGCCUAAACCAGCAGUUUGGCCAUCUCUUCCAGCCAAUGCUUCCUCUGUCGUGCUUGAAAAAGAAAAGGUGAUUCUUCAAGAAACUUCGAGAACCAAGCACUUCGGUAUUCAGCGGAAACCUUUACCACUUGAGCCCUCUGUCCUUCUACGUGUAGCUAACCGAAGAAGGGCUUCUCUCUCUGCUGGAAAUUUGCCUGAAAUGUUUGACGGACGGUCAAGCAUUGUUGAUGGAUCAGGUUUAGAAGCGUCCCCAAGAAAACUUUCACCAGUUAAAUUACAAGCAAAUGCCAUGACAAGAACAAAUUCUUCACCUGGAAAUAUUGAUAGCCCAUUAGAUCGGCCGAUGAGGCUUGCUGAAAUUUUUGUUGCUGCUGAGCAUGCUCUGCGCCAUACAAUUUCAGAUCUUGACUUAUCGAAGUCAUUGUCAUCCACGCAGGAUUUCGAGAAAAAAUACCUUGAUCUAACUAAAGGUGCUGCGGAGAACUAUCAUCGUUCUUGGUGGAAAAGACACGGGGUCGUUCUUGAUGGUGAAAUUGCAGCUGUCUGCUUCAAGCAUGGGAAUUAUGACUUGGCUGCAAAAUCUUAUGAAAAAGUCUGUGCUCUUUAUGCUGGUGAAGGAUGGCAAGAUUUAUUGGCAGAUUUCUUACCCAAUUUAGCUGAGUGCCAAAAGAUUCUCAGUGAUCAAGCCGGGUACCUAUCAUCUUGCGUCAGACUUCUUUCACUGGACAAGAGUUUGUUUACACUGAAGGAGCGGCAAGCUUUUCAGUCGGAGGUUGUUAGCCUUGCUCAUAGUGAAAUGAAGAACCCAGUGCCACUAGAUGUGUCCUCAUUGAUCACUUUUUCUGGAAAUCCCGGCCCUCCACUUCAAUUAUGCGAUGGAGACCCCGGUACUCUAUCUGUUACUGUGUGGAGUGGCUUUCCUGAUGAUAUAACCCUUGAUUCACUUAGUCUGACCUUGGUAGCCACAAACAACACCGAUGAAGGUGGUCAGGCAUUAAAGAGUUCUGCUGCAACAGUGCUAAAGCCUGGGAAAAAUGCCAUCACCUUUGCUUUGCCUCCACAGAAACCUGGUUCCUAUGUCCUGGGUGUUCUUACAGGACAAAUUGGGCAUUUGAGAUUCAGAUCUCAUAGCUUUUCCAAGGGUGGUCCUGUAGAGAGUGAUGAUUUCAUGAGUUAUGAAAAGCCAACCAGACCUAUCCUGAAGAUUUCCAAUCCAAGACCUCUGGUGGAUCUAGCCGCUGCCAUAUCUUCUGCCUUUCUAAUAAAUGAAGCCCAAUGGAUUGGUAUCAUAGUACGUCCUAUAGAUUACUCGUUGAAAGGCGCUGCAUUGCAUAUUGAUACUGGUCCAGGACUAAAGAUUGAAGACUCGUAUGGCAUUGAGAUGGAGAGAUACCCAGACGAAGAUUAUCAUGUCAAAACAUCAAAAGAUGAAGCUAAUGCAAAAGGUAGUACAGUCUCUCUUGAAAAAGAUUGCGAGCUGUUAAAUCUCUCCAGUGGUAAAAUAGUGUUCCCAGAGUGGGCGAGCGAUGUGAACUCGAUUUUGUGGGUCCCUGUUCGUGCAUUGGGUGAGGAACUUGCCAGAGGGUCAUCAUCAGUCAAUCCGCUGAAACAAGAUGUUCUAGAGGGAAUGAGAACGAUAGCUUUGAAACUUGAAUUUGGAGUCUGUCAUAACCAGAUAUUUGAGAGAACCAUAGCCGUACACUUUACUGACCCUUUCCAUGUGACAACAAGGGUUGCAAACAAAUGCAAUGACGGAACUUUGGUUUUGCAGGUUAUGUUACAAUCCCUAGUCAAGGCCAACUUGAUAGUAAAUGAUGCGUGGCUUGACCUUCAAGACGGAUUUGUCCACACCGGACAAAGUGAUGGAAGACCAACUUCCAACUUCUUCCCACUUGUUGUUUCUCCCGGAUCCAGAGCAGGACUUCUAUUCAGCAUAUGUUCACGUAAGAAUGUGUCCACAGAAGGAGAAGAGUUGCAACAACCAGAUAGCAUACUGAACAUCAAAUACGGAGUUGAUGGUGAUAGAGCGGCGGGAGCACACAGGCCUGUGGAUGUGGAUCGCUCUGCUACUGAUACUGAAAGUCUCGAGCUGGUCUUCAGGAGUGCCAUUGUUUUGCAGCGGCCUGUGCUCGAUCCUUGCUUGGCUGUUGGUUUUCUCCCGCUUCCUUCAGAUGGGCUGAGGGUGGGGCAACUUAUUACCAUGAAGUGGCGAGUUGAAAGGUUGAAGGAUCUUGAAGGAAGUGAAGCCAUGGAACAUAAGGAUGAGGUGUUGUAUGAAGUCAAUGCGAAUUCCGACAACUGGAUGAUAGCGGGUAGGAAGCGAGGCCAUGUCUUGCUCUCAAGGGAACAAGGAUCGAGAAUAGUGAUCUCGAUAUUAUGUGUACCGUUGGUGGCUGGUUACGUCCGUCCACCUCAUCUCGGGUUGCCAAACAUAGACGAAUCCCACGUAAGUUGCAACCCUCCGGGGCCUCAUUUAGUCUGCGUCUUGCCUCCCGUUCUCAGCUCCUCCUUCUGCGUCCCAAUCAAGUAAACCUCCCAUUUUCUAUUUAUACAACAAAUCUUAUUAGAACUAUUCCACUCUCGUACACUUUAACCUUCGGUUCAAGAUUUUUGCUCGAGAAAAACCUAUUUGUUUUCCUUUGUACCAUUUUCGACCUUUGUAGCAAAAUAUCAGAUUUGUUUUCCUUUGUACCAAUUUGCCCAUUGUGACGAUAGAAGCUUUUAUACAUAAGUUGGCCAAGUUCAAAAUC